CUAAACUCAUGUUAUUUAGAGUUUCAUUGCAUUGUAAUAAGAGAAUUGUUUGAUCUAUUUUGGACCGGCAGUAUGUUCCUGUCUUCGGUGUCUUUCCGUCUACCGCAGGGUCUCCGGGACGCGGCGCUGGCUGGGUCGGCCAGUGCCCUGCUGUGCAGGACUGUCGUGUGACCCUGUGACCUGCAGCUUGUGCCCUUACGAGCGUCCUUCUCUUCUAUACCUGGUGAUGGGACCCCCGUAUUGCUUGACCUCAGGCCUCAGCAUUCGCCCUGGCACUGAAGCUGGAUUUCGGCGACGCCAAACGGAGGGGACAAGAGGCCGCCUGCGGCGCCUGGCCCCGACCUGUGGGUCCCUUGAGUCUCCGCCCCGUCUGUCCAAAUCAGCCUUCCCGGGAAACCCCGGCGAGAAGCCGGCCCCUCCGCAGAGGGUUCUGGGAGGUGUAGUUUUCUUUGGGCGCCGUCUCAUCGGGUGCCUCGGCGCAUGACGUACUUCCUCUGCGCCGCACCCGCCGCAGUAGUGGGGUACGCGCCUCCAGGGCUGUUUCCGCCUGGGCGUUUGUGGACCGGAGUGGGCCCGCGGACUUCUGAAUAUCUGUGGCUCCGGACCGGGCGGAGGGACAGAUUGAGCCCCCGCCCGGAGCAUCCUGUGCAGACCAGCAGCUUGGCCGGCUGAGCCCCCGCGCCUGCAGGGAACAGCGCGGGAUGGCCGGCACGUUCCGGACAGCUUCGUGUUGGGUAAUUUUUCUAGGGCAUGUUGGGACGGACAAGAUUGACAGGGUCCAUGACCCCAUGCUGGGUAUGGGAGAUGGUCAGACAUACCAGAGGAGCAUCGUAAACAGAGACGGAUUAUUGUCAUUCAAGGAUAUAUCUAUGGAGUUCACCUGGGAAGAGUGGCAGUUGCUGGACUCGACGCAGAAGUACCUGUACAGGGACGUGAUCCUGGAGAACUAUAGCCACCUGGUGUCUGUGGGGUAUCAUGGUACCAAACCCGAUUUAAUCUUCAAGUUGGAGCAAGGAGAGGAGCCAUGGAUAAUAAAUGCCCAAGUUUCCCGUCAGAGCUGUCCAGGUUGGAAAGAAUGGUGCCCGGAAAAUGAAGAGGAGUUUGAAAAUGUUGAGAGAAGUUUCACUUGUGCUGCAUUUGGAAGACGUCGUCUGAGCAGAACCCGCGUUCCUUCAGGACAGAGAAUCCAUAAGUAUAACACACAUGGAAGAAGGCUGACACAAAGCUCAGCUUCAGCCAAAAGCUGUCUGAGAAAAAACCCUGAUAAGUUCCACGGAUAUGAAGAAUCCUAUUUUCUUAAGCAUCAGAGAGCUCAUAGUAUAGAAAAAAACUGUGUGUGUAAUGAAUGUGGGAAAGCUUUUCGUUGUAAAUCCCAGCUGAUUGUGCAUCUCAGAAUUCAUACGGGAGAGAGGCCUUACGAGUGCACCAAAUGUGAAAGGGCGUUCAGUGCCAAGUCAAACCUGAACGCUCACCAGCGGGUGCACACGGGAGAAAAGCCCUACUCCUGCGGGGAGUGCGGGAAGGUAUUCUCCUUCAGGUCCCAGCUCAUCGUCCAUCAGGAAGUUCACACGGGAGGGAAGCCUUAUGGCUGCAGCGAAUGUGGGAAAGCCUACAGCUGGAAAUCACAGCUGCUUUUACACCAGAGAAGCCACACGGGCGUGAAACCGUAUGAAUGUGGCGAGUGUGGGAAAGCCUUCAGUUUGAAGUCGCCAUUCGUCGUACACCAGAGGACGCACACAGGGGUGAAGCCCCAUAAAUGCAGCGAGUGUGGGAAAGCCUUUAGGAGUAAGUCCUACCUCCUGGUUCACAUCCGAAUGCACACGGGGGAGAAACCCUAUCAGUGCAGCGAUUGUGGGAAAGCCUUCAAUAUGAAGACGCAACUCGUCGUCCACCAGGGAAUCCACACGGGAAAUAAUCCUUACCAGUGCGGCGAAUGUGGGAAAGCCUUCGGCAGGAAGGAGCAGCUCACCGCACAUCUGAGAGCGCAUGCGGGCGAGAAGCCUUACGGGUGCAGCGAGUGUGGGAAGGCUUUCAGCAGCAAGUCAUACCUCGUUAUACACAGGAGAACGCACACGGGAGAGAGACCGUACGAGUGUAGUUUCUGUGAGAGAGCCUUUUGUGGGAAAUCCCAGCUCAUCAUACACCAGAGGACUCACUCGACGGAGAAACCCUACGAAUGCAGCGAAUGUGAGAAAGCCUAUCCCAGGAAGGCGUCCCUGCAGAUCCACCAGAAAACUCACUCAGGAGAAAAACCUUUCAAGUGUGGUGAAUGUGGGAAGGCCUUCACUCAGAAGUCGUCCCUCAGUGAGCAUCAGAGAGUUCACACAGGAGAGAAGCCGUGGAAAUGCUCUGAAUGUGGGAAAUCCUUCUGUUGGAACUCAGGGCUUCGUAUACAUCGAAAAACUCACAAGUGAGAAAUUAGAAUGAAGUAGAUGUUAGGAACUUUCUCACAGACGUUGACCCUCAGGGGACUUUCGAGGAUAAUGGAGAUGGGAUGCAGAAGCAGGAAGUCCUAAAAAUACACUCCUGUCAACUAAGUCAGAGAGAGACCAUCGUGUUUGGAAUGUGGGGGCAGAAGCUUUCGGAAAUAAGUCCCACGAGACUCUGCAGAUGGGAACUGAAGGAAUGAGGAGGAGCUAUGAAGGGCAGUGCCAUCAUGGUAGAGAUAAAAUCUGGAGAAUUCAUAUUUAAAACUUUGCAAAUUUAAUAAACCAGGAAAGCAUUUUCCCAUAGGAAAUGUGUUAUGUGUGGAGAGUUACAUUCCAGAUUUGAAGCUACUUGAAAAACCAUUCCAGGUUUUUUCCGGGUGGAGUAUAAAGUUGUUUUUUAUUUUAAUAUGUAAAUAAAGCAAUGGUCAGGAAAACAUCAAGGAACAUAUUCUGAAGGUUAAAGGACAUUUAGUGUGACUUUCCUAAGUCACACUGAAUAGCAUUUUUAAAAAUUUUGGUAUUUUAUUUUUUAAUGUAACUUGUCAUACAUAUAUUUGGUAGCUUGUGGAAUAACAUCCCCUAAUAUUCUCCAUAUUAAAUGCUAAAUAUCA